AUGGUCUUCGCGCUGUUUCAGCUCCUUAGCGUCCUGCCACUAAUUGCUUUUGGUGAGCCUGUCGAACAUCGGACCAGAGCCUUCGCGCGAGGGAACUGGACCCUUACACAAGAAGGUACAACUGGUGUUAGCGCAAUGCAGCUGACUGUAGUCUCUGAUACGAAAGCCAUUGUCUUCGACAAAAUAGAGCAUAAUCCCUUGCUGGUGAAUGGACAUCCUGCAUGGGCUUCUGAAAUCGAUCUCCCGUCCAGGACUAUACGGCCGCUGAACCCACUCAGCAACACCUUUUGUGGGACUGGAAGUUUCCUCAGCAAUGGCACAUUCGUCCAUUCUGCCGGCAACCCGAUUGAAAUCGAGGUUGGCGCUCCCUACGGUGAGUAUUGCGGUUUGCAGAGCGUACGCUUGUUCACGCCAUGCAACGAUGGGAGUUGCGAUAUCAUAGAAAAUCCUAAUAGGCUUCGACUCGCAACUAAACGAUGGUAUACUGCAUCGACUAGACUUGAGGAUGGCUCUGUAUUGAUUUUUGGCCCUAACGUUAUGUUCAGCUUCAUCAAUAACGCGUCGGUGAAUAAUCCAACGUUCGAAUUCUUCCCGCCAAAGAACAUACACGGUUUCAACGGUCUUCAAAUCCCUAGCAAGUUUUUGGUAGACACUUUGAUUGCGAACCAGUUCCCCACUGUGAUGUCCCUUCCCGAUGGAAAUCUUUUCGUUGUCGCUAACCAGGAGGCAAUGCUAUUCAACUGGAAGACUAACAGAGAAACACGUCUCCCUAGAUUGCCUAAUGGCAUCAGGAUCUCCUACCCUUUCUCUGGCGGCGUCGUCAUGCUUCCAUUGACAAUCGAAAACAACUUCACUCCCGAAAUCUUGACUUGUGGUGGCGCCGCUAUCUCCGACGCGCUUCCAGAUAUUGAAUACUCCUCACAAUCCCCUGCUUCUACUCAAUGCGCCAGAAUGGUACUGAACAAGGCUGGGAUCGCGUCUGGCUGGAAGGUGGAACACAUGCCUCAGCCGUGGACAAUGGUGGAAUUGGUCCUUUUACCCGACCGCCGAGUUCUACUAGUGAACGGAAUGAGAUCUGGCGUCAGCGGAUUCAAUAGCGUCCAUGAUCCAGUCGGACAAAGUAACGCGGAUCAUCCAAACUUCACACCAUUCAUUUACGACCCAAAUGCACCAGCUGGACGUCGCUUCUCCUCUGCUGGCGUCACUUCUAAAAUUGCUAGGAUGUAUCACUCUACGGCUACCGUUAUUCCUGAUGGGUCAAUUCUUAUCGCGGGAUCAAAUCCCAAUGCCGAUUUCGUGGCUAACGCCACGUUCCCAUCUGAAUACAGAAUGGAGUUCUUGUCUCCUCCUUAUAUGUUUGAGAAUCGUCCGACGUUCAGGGGCCUCCCGGCUCUCGUCGACUACGGCAAAACCUUCACGUUGGAUAUCACCUUGCCCGCUACGGCCACGGGGGUUACAGUUGCCUUGAUGGACUUCGGCUUCGCUACGCAUACCGUUCACAUGGACCAGAAAUUUGUAGAAAUGAGAUCUACACUAUCUCGCGAUAGGAAGUCCAUUCGCGUCACUGCACCUGCAAACCCACGUCUCUUCUCUCCUGGCCCGGGCUUCGUCUUCAUCGUCACUGAUAAAGGCGUACCUAGCGUGGCGAAACGGCUCAUCAUCGGGAAGGGUGCGUCCCCACCAGUGGACCAAGGUGCUAUUGAUAAGUACGGGCUUCAUUACCUCUUCUUGACAGCUUCGCUUAUCACCGUUUGUAGCCUUCUGAAGAACACGGAGCCGCCUACAGCUUGA